AGUCGUGGAUGCAGUAGAUUAUUUUGCUGAUCUAGACUGAAACCACCACGGCACCACCGGAAGAAACACACGACGGUACCAAACCGUUAAUUAACAGCCGUCAAAAAACGUGACGAAAUUUUCCUCAUAGUUUCUUCUUUUCAGUUUCCCUUUAAAGCUCCUCCGCGAUUGAGUUUUGUUUAGGUAACGAGCAAAAAAGCAAGAGAAAGAUCAAGUUUUCUUCUUUUCUUCUUCUUCUUCUUCUUCUGUGGGUGUUUUUAUUUCCUGGGUUUUAAGGGUUUUGCUUGCAGCAAAGUCGACAACUUUUUCUCUUUCUUUUGGGAGGGGGUUAUAAUAAUGGCGGGUGAUUGUGCGAUUAACACCGAGAAAUACUCUCUCUUGGAGGAUUUUAAUGUCGAUGUUCAAGUCCAAAACCAAGGUUUUGAGUCUUUCUCUCUUUGUUUCUGGGUUUAUCUCUUAGAUUCCACCACUUACCCUUCUACAAUCAUCAGACAGGUUCACUCAGACAUGAGUGUUAGUGCACCUUUCCUUGUUCUAGAUGACAAAAAGAAGUUGAUGCUUUUGCCAUUGACUCUCCUUCACAAGGAAGCUCCUGAUCCUGUCAACAUUUCUUCUUGGACCGAAGUUCCUAAUGUUUCUACAACAGCUGAGUUUCCCCUUCAGAAAUGGGUUCAUGUGGGCUGUGAGGUUUCCAGAAACUACAUGCGCCUUCAUAUAUGUGGAGAGUUAGCAGGAGAGCAAGUCUUGACUUCCCUGAUGACCAAUGGCACAUAUUUUGAUUGCACACGAAAGAUGUCGCUAUUUAGUGUUGGUGGAGAUGGUUAUAGUGUUCAGGGUUUCAUUCACUGCGCAGAAGUCUUGCCUUCUUAUGUCCCUGCAAAUUAUCACUACAAAAAGGACCCACCUUUGUUGUUAUCUGUUGACAAGCCAUCUACAUCUGAAAUCAAAUUAGAUGAAGAUGGUGUUUGGAGUAUUGUUGGCGGAACUUUUUGUUCCUUGGAUGUUGUUUUAACCAAUGCUAUUGGACAGCCUGUGCACAAGGAUGUGAAGGUUGUGGCUUCUCUACUGUAUGCUGAUAGUGGGACGCCUGUUGAGAAGAUGAGUGGCUUUGAGGCUCCCCUUUUGGUAAGCUAUGAAGGAGUUGAAUUCUCAGCUGCAGAUAAGCCGUGCAACUUAUUGAACGGAUGUGCUUCUUUCAAUCUCAAAAUAUCUGAGGUGCUUUCUCCCAUGAGUGAUGAGAGGUUGUUCUGCAUCAAAUUCGAAAUACCAGAAGUGAAGUCUUGUUAUCCUUUUCUGGAAACUGUUACCAACCAAAUCCGUUGCAUGUUGAGGAACCGUGAGUCUGUUACCCCUAAAAGGUCGAACCACAUUGAUUAUACAUUAGAUGGAAGAGAACAAAAACUUGCUUCAAGAAAUGGAACACCAGAUAUUCUACACAGCACUUCCUAUAUGAAACGUAUCAGAUUAGGUGAAGACAAGGUUUCUGAGAGUAAGUUUCAAAAUGGAAAUGGUACCAGUAUGGAAUGGAGACCUCAGGCUCAGAACCAUGAAGAAGAAGAAGAUAACUCUUCAACUGAUUCUGAAAACACCAAAAUUAAAGACUCGACUGGUUUCAGGAGAUAUACAAUCCCAGACUCGAUGAUUUUCAGAUACUGCCUCUCUAACUUAACAGAGAGAUCUCUUCUUCUGAAGGAAAUCACAAACAAUUCAUCAGAUGAAGAAGUCUCGGAAUUUGCAGAUCAAGUUUCUCUCUAUUCUGGAUGCUCCCACCACAGCUAUCAAAUCAAAAUGGCAAGAAAACUGAUAGCAGAAGGAACAAAUGCGUGGAUUCUGAUCUCUCGGAACUAUCAACAUGUUCAUUGGGAUAAUGUGGUAAUUGAGAUUGAAGAACAUUUCAUGAGAAUAGCUAAAUGCAGCAGUAGAUCUCUCUCUCACCAGGAUUUUGAGCUUCUAAGGAGAAUAUGUGGAUGCCAUGAGUACAUAACUCAAGAAAAUUUUGAGAAAAUGUGGUGUUGGUUGUUCCCUGUUGCUACGGCUAUAUCCAGGGGAUUGAUCAAUGGAAUGUGGCGCUCUGCUACGCCUAAAUGGAUAGAAGGGUUUGUGACUAAAGAAGAGGCAGAACGUUCACUUCAAAAUCAAGAACCGGGCACUUUCAUUCUCAGGUUUCCUGGUUCAAGAAGCUGGCCACAUCCUGAUGCUGGUUCCUUGGUUGUGACUUAUGUCGGUCAUGAUUUAGUUAUUCAUCAUAGAUUACUCGCAAUCGAUCACAUGUGCGAUUCUAGUGAAAGGUAUACAGAUGCAAAACCGUUGCAAGAUAUGCUUCUGGCGGAACCUGAGCUAUCUCGGCUUGGAAGGGUCGUAAGAGGCAUUUGAAUAUCAAAACACACUCAACAAGAUAGACAAGGCGUCGGAUAUAUUAUUGAGGUUUAUACUUUUACUAAGUAUAUAGAGAACAGAUUUGCUAAAUCCCCUAUUACUGAUACUACUAACUUCUGUAAAGCUCAGUGGUUGAAAACCAAAGAUUAUUUCUUUUUUAGUCUUUUAGUAUUUUGUUUUCUAAAUCAA